ACCAGAGAGAGAGAGAGGAGCUACGUCCUCUAUGGCUUGGCUCCGGGCCCUAGCUCGGCUUUCUCGUACCUCCAACAAAUUCUCAUUCUCCCCUCCGCCGCCAUCCUUCUCCACUGCCGCCGCUUCCUUUCCGGCGACUCCGUCACCUUCCCCCGUCGCCGGAAACAUUGCUGGAUUGGGCCCGACGGUUCAGGGCAAGGAGAAGCCGCGCGUGGUGGUGCUGGGAUCUGGGUGGGCGGGAUGUCGUUUGAUGAAGAGCAUCGACACGAAUAUUUAUGAUGUCGUCUGUGUGUCGCCGAGGAAUCACAUGGUGUUUACCCCACUGCUUGCUUCCACCUGCGUCGGAACCCUAGAGUUUCGUUCCGUUGCGGAGCCCAUUGGUCGGAUUCAGCCCGCCAUAUCCCAUGCUCCCGGAUCGUAUUUCUUUCUCGCGCGAUGCGCGGCGUUGGAUCCUGAAUCGCACACGGUGCACUGUGAGACUGUUACAGAUGGCACCAUCUCUGCUUCCUUGGAGCCAUGGAAGUUUCAGGUGUCAUAUGACAAGUUAGUCAUUGCUUUGGGGGCAGAGGCUUCAACCUUUGGCAUUAAUGGUGUGAAAGAACAUGCGACCUUUCUUCGAGAAGUGCACCAUGCGCAGGAGAUCCGUAGAAAGCUGCUAUUGAAUCUGAUGUUGUCUGAUGUGCCUGGCAUAUCGGAGGAAGAAAAGCGCAGGCUAUUACAUUGUGUUGUUAUUGGAGGUGGUCCAACGGGAGUUGAGUUUAGUGGUGAACUAAGUGAUUUCAUUACUAGUGAUGUUCAUGAAAGAUACACUCAUGUUAAAGAAUACAUUCAUGUGACCCUAAUUGAGGCAAAUGAGAUAUUGUCAUCUUUUGAUGUCCGCUUGAGACAGUAUGCCACGAAGCAAUUAACUAAGUCUGGGGUACGCCUGGUCCGUGGGGUUGUCAAAGAUGUUCAGCCUGAAAACAUAAUUCUUAAUGAUGGCACUAAAGUUCCAUAUGGCCUCUUGGUGUGGUCAACUGGUGUAGGUCCUUCCCAGUUUACAAAGUCUUUGGAGUUGCCGAAGUCACCAGGUGGGAGGAUUGGCGUUGAUGAAUGGCUUCGGGUUCCUUCAAUACAAGACACGUUUGCAAUUGGCGACUGUAGCGGAUUUCUUGAAAGUACUCAGAAAACUGUGUUACCAGCUUUAGCACAGGUAGCAGAGAGGCAAGGGAAAUACCUAGCACGCCUACUGAACCAAAUCGGCAAAGCAGGUGGCGGAUAUGCAAACCAAGCCAAAAAUAUAGAUUUGGGUGAUCAGUUUGUAUACAAACACCUCGGAAGCAUGGCAACCGUUGGGAGGUAUAAAGCUCUGGUUGACCUUCGGCAAAGCAAGGAGGCCAAGGGCUUGUCACUUGCAGGUUUUGUAAGCUGGUUUAUUUGGAGGUCUGCAUACUUAACUCGAGUUGUGAGUUGGAGGAAUAGGUUCUAUGUGGCCAUAAACUGGCUUACAACCUUAAUAUUUGGUCGUGAUAUAAGCCGAAUCUAAGGGAUUAUAUGUAUUAUUUGUUCUUUCACUGCUGAAAUAAACUAUCUUAUGUAUGAGUUGUUUAUCAUCGUCUUGUUAUUGAAUGAUCAAUCAAGGAGAAAAGUGUUGAACUUUA